AUGCCGGUACCUCUACCUUCAAAGUCGUCUGCUACUAAACACCCACUUUCAUCUAGGUUUCUUUACAAUGAGAACAUUCGACUACGUGAGCGCUACGUCGAGUUCGACCCCAAUGUUCUUCUACGAGAGGCAGAAAAGCAUAUGGACCCUAGCCACGGGCGUGCUCAGCGCCUUACCAAGUUCGCUGAAGGGAGAUUCAAUCCAGUUUUCCUCCUAGCUUUCGAUGAUGGAUUCGAGGCCUUGCCAAAAUUCCAUAACGAAUCGCGGGGCCCAAGCACUAUGAGACCGCUAGCGAAGCGGCCACUCUCCAUUAUCUUCACUCCAAAGUACAUCGUCAUGGAGAAGGCCCCAGGUGUUGGUCUAGAGACCAAGUGGCCGAGCAUGGACAAGCGCGACUUACAUAAACUCGCCUCCAGUUUUGUUGAGAUUGAAAAAAGAUUUUUUGACAUCCCUUUUGGGUCGAUUGGGAGUAUUUACUUCAAGAAAGAUGUUCCUCCUGAACUUCAAGCUGCCUUGUACAGUGCCAGCGCCCAGAACAACCGCGACUCGGAGAUGUUCUGCAUCGGCCCAACGGCGGAUUACAUGUUUUGGUAUGGGAAACGAGCUGGUCUCAAUCUCUACCGUGGACCUUGGAAUGACCCCAAGAAGUACCUGGCCUCGAUUGCAGAGAAAGAAAUCGAAUGGACUCGGCAGUAUGGAAAGCCAGUACAGCUUGACUUUCCACAUAAUGGAGUCUUUCCCGGGGAAAAGUCUCCAGAGGAUUACCUCUGCCUUCUAGAUAACUACCUUACAUUAGCGCCAUAUCUCCUUCCAAAAGAGCCUGAUAACCCACUUAAUCGGCCGACUCUCCGUCAUCCAGAUUUGAACCCGAAUAACAUCUUCAUUUCACCCGACUCCGGUGCCAUCUCUUGUAUCAUCGACUGGCAGCAUGCAACAGUCGAGCCGCGUCUGCUGGUCGCUGGUCAUCCUCGUGCAUUUGAAAACCCAGAUCCCGAACAAUCCCCCGAGCUAAAAGAACCGUCUCUUCCAUCGGACUAUGAAUCACUUUCAGCCCAGGAAAAAGCUGAAGCUGGUGAACUUUAUCGCCGGCGUCUGCUCUUUUAUUACUACCGUAUUUUCAAUGGUCACCUGAACAAGCCACAUCUCGAAGCUCUUCGUGACCCGAUCCUCCUGCCGCGUCAACACCUUGUGGAUCGGGCGGGCAGACAAUGGAACGGAAACCUAAUGACCUUGAAAGGGGCAUUAGUCCGCAUGACUGAUUAUUGGCCUCAUUUACCCGAUACAAAGGGGCUACCGUGCCCGGUGCGGUUCACCGAGGCUGAACUGGAUGGCUUUCAUGAGCAGGAACAGCUGUGGUUUGACUUGAAUAAGGUUGUGAACCACUGGCGGGACCAGAUUGGCGGUGUGAAUGAAGAUGGCUGGAUUAGCAAUGAACAGUAUGAUGAGGCUAUACGGAAAGUUGCUGAGCUUAAGGCUUCUCUCGUGGCUAGUGCGGAGGGGGACGAGGAGGAUAUUCGUCUUUUGGAGAGG